AUGCAGCCAUUGAGCCUGAAGCCGCGGGAGUGUCCAUGGGCGUUCUACUUAUUCAAACCCGAGCCGAAUCUGGAGACUCUCCUGCAGCUUUGCGCCUACACGCUCUCCUGCCGCAACCGGGCAGUCUUUGCUGAGAUUGAUGUUUCGGGCUGUGAAGUGAAUCAUGGAGCGAAUGCCAGCUUCAGCGUUGUCGUGGACGUCGACUUCAUCGAGUUCGCUCUGAUCGACCGCAUUUGUCCGCUUUUAUCGAGGAAACCGCUUGCAGAGGAAUGGGCUGCUUGCCAAAAGCGCCGCUAUGAGGAGGAGCUCAAAGGCAAGUCAUGGGAAACAAGAACUCACGAACUUUCGUGCUUGCUAGGCUUGCGCAUUCGUUCUUUGAUGCUGGAGCUGCCUGGGACAAUGCUGGAGAGUGUGUGUGGGCACCAGUUGAAUUUUCUCCCAUCGGUGCUGCAAGCCAAGCGGGAGCCAGAAGAUGCCGAGGAUGCCCUCACCACCUGGCUGAAAAAGGUCGCUGCUCUGCACGAUCUCCGUAAGGCUGCUGCCGCUCCUGCUUUCUAUUUUCAUGAGUUUUCUGACAUGGAUGGCACCUCGCAAGUGGAGCUGGCAAAGUGCCAGCAGAGGUGUGAAGAGCUUUCCGAGGAGCUGGCCAUGGCCAAGGCCGAGCUGUGCGAGCUGAGAAAGGAGAGCACGUGCCCGGCCAGAGAGGUCCAAGCCGGAAAGCAGAGCAAGAGCAGCCUGACAUUUCAGCCAGAGACCUUGCUGGAUGCAGCCGAGUUUCGCGCGAUGCUCGUCGAGAACGCAACCUACAAAGAGCGGUGCGAGCAAACGAAGCUGCGGCUCGACAGAGCCGAGGCGGACUUGUCCCGCAAAACGGCGGAGAAGGAGCGCCUGUUGGUCGAGAGUGCAACCUUAAGGGAGCGAUGCAGGAUUGUUGCACACCAGCCUCAGGGUUCGAGGGAGGAGCGAGGUGGUGCCGCAACGUCAGGCGCAGCUUUUGCGACGAUGAGCCCAAGUGGAACGGAGGCUUCCAGCCAGGACUCGGAUCCUGCGGAGCGGAUGGGCUUCACGGUGGUGGAUGAUUGUGCCUCGUCCGUGUUGAGCCACUCCUCCUGGUUCUCCGUGAAACCACACGGCCGCUGCUUCGUGACAGACGCCAUUUUCCGCACGCGAAGCUGUGGCAUCGAUUUCUUUCUGAUGGGGAAGGACCUGGUCAAAGGCUCUCGUGUUGUGGCUGCGGACAACGAGACCAUUCUGGAAGUUGCAGCAGCGCCUGAGGUGUUCAAGGAGACGGCUGGCUUUGACCUACAAGCUGGGGACGCAGCCCUGCGGGUGACUGCGGAUCACUUGGUGCUGGUCUCUGACCCACAAGCUGCGUCAGGCAUCUAUGUCAAAGCAGGCAAUCUCAAGGAAGGUGACCUUGUCAUGCUUGACUCGUGGGAGCCUGUGCCCCUCAAUGGCAUGAAGGCUUGGUCCGCUGAGCAGGAAGUACUGAAGGUGGUUUUCCAGCCGGACCUGCCCAUCGCCGUCUUCUCGUGUCCGCCGUGCAUUCUCAGCAAGGGCCAGAAGAAGCAGCAGACACGUCGUGGAGGCAUGCGCCACAUGAAAUGCAGAAGGGCAGGGGCAGAGCACGACCAGGCGAAGACGGGCAGAACAGCAUUCCCAAGACACAGGGCGCUUACACGGACUGAGAUCGCCCGCCUCCACGUUGAGCUUAAUACGACUGCACACACAAUUUUGACGAGCUUGAGCAGCCAUGCCCGGAUUGAAGUGCACGGCUUUGACGCUGGUGCGCGAGGAUCCGUGGCUCAGUGCUGGAUUUACCGGGAGUGCAGUGCACGCGGUUUUUUGGAGACACGCAGUGCUUGCACGGCCGGCCCCUUCAAUCUUUCAAUCUUCCCCGGGGCAGCUUGGAAAUCUCUCCCUUGCGCAGAAGAACGCAGGUGGCCUUCGUCAAUCUCCUGUCGUGCCGAUCCUAUGAUGGAGGACUGUCCCGGAGAGUCCGUUCUGGACGUGUCGAGUGUUAGGUUAGGCUAUUGUUCAAGCAUGUUUUCUAGCUCUAGCCGUUGUCAAUCGUGCCAUGAGGCACGGGGGCCUGAACGUCGGAGUGUUCUAGUUUGCCUGAGUGGUAUGCCUUCUGUUUUGCGCUUCACUUUCGAGGCUCCCUAG